AUGUUCAAAUUAGCAGCUGGCCGUACCCUCAGAGAAAGCUCAAGGGGACUCCUCAAACAACCAUCUACAUCUCUUAUCCGCCACUACUCCCUUGCAGACAGACAGGGUGUCCUUAGACUGGAGGAGCUGAUGCUCCAAUGUCACGCCUAUCCGGACCUUAGAACCAAGGCAUACGACGCAUUUAAAGUUGUUGACAAGGCCAUCACGGUAGCAGACAAGCGCGCCAAUUCGUUUUUCUUUGAUAGAUAUUCGGCCAUCACAAGUUUCAUGUUCAGCGUGCUGUUCACGAGAGAGAUACUCCGCAAGCCGAAUAAAGAGGUUGUUGACCAAUUUCUGGAUUCUAUCGCGCUACAUGACAUCGACUUCCAGCUAGAGGAUGUCAAACUGGUAAUCCAAUAUUUGGGCACAAUCAAAAGAUUGCUGUGA